AUGGCAGUGGUGGUGAUGAUGCUGGGGAGAGUGGAGGCAGCCUUGGGAACAAAGGGAGUCUGUAUUAAUCAUCGAUUAAGCAGCAUCGGCAACACCGGCAAAGGCACCAUUGACGGCGGUGUAUGCGUGUGGAUGUCAGUGCCUGUGCCGUGUGGUGCCGUCCCAGGAACACCUGUCGAUGCCACGUGUGAUUUUAAACCCCUUAAUUUUAAUUGCCUGACUUAUGAAACCUUCAAGUACUGCUUGUGCAAAAGGUGCCCUAUGGACUUUUAUUUGAAGCCCUCGAAUGCAAAAGGCCCCGUUUCGGUUGGACAAUGGGAAUUCGGUACAAUACAUUGCUCAACCAAAACAUGGGAAAUUCCUCCAAUGUACGGAAGCAAAAUACUUUCUCGAUUUCAAUGGGCAAGUGAUUUAUUCAGAUUUGAAAUAGCAGGUUGUAAAUCAUUGGCUCGAUGUUUUGAUGCCACAAAAGUGACGGAGUGA